CCCCCUCUGUCCCCCGCUGCCGGUCCUCUCCUAGGUCCUCCCGUCGUCGCCUCCUCUUACCCGCUCUCGCCGCCUCCUUCCCUCCGCCCAGCCAGCCCCCCAAGUCCCUUCUCCUCGCGCUCCGUCCCUCGGCUCCCUCGUCCCAUCCCGUCCCCGCCCGGUCCCCUUUGUGCCCCUUCCUGCCUCUCUCUCUCUCUUCUGCCCCCGCUCGGGGCCCCUUCUCCCCAGCUGCCUCCCCGACCCCCGUGGCCCGCCGGUCUCCCCGCCGAGUCCGAGCCACCAUGCUGACCCCAAUGGUGGCUGGGGGGGUGGUGUUCCCCGGACUCUUCCUCCUCUCCAAGAACACGCUCCAGCGGCUGCCCCAGCUGCGCUGGGAGGAGGCCGACGCGGUCAUUGUCUCCGCCAGGCUGGUGUCCUCUGUCCAGGCUAUCAUGGCCUCCACCGCUGGCUACAUCGUCUCCACCUCCUGCAAGCACAUCAUUGACGACCAACACUGGCUGUCCUCUGCCUACACACAAUUCGCAGUGCCCUACUUCAUCUAUGACAUCUAUGCCAUGUUCCUCUGCCACUGGCACAAGCACCAAGUCAAAGGACACGGAGGGGACGACGCAGGCCCCAGAGCAGUGGGCAGCACGUGGGCCGUGGUGCGCGGCUACCUGCACAAGGAGUUCCUCAUGGUGCUCCAUCACGCUGUCAUGGUGCUGGUGUGCUUCCCGCUGUCCGUGGUAUGGCGACAGGGCAAGGGAGAUUUCUUUCUAGGCUGCAUGCUGAUGGCAGAGGUCAGCACCCCAUUUGUCUGCCUUGGCAAGAUCCUCAUCCAGUACAAGCAGCAGCACACGCUGCUGCACAAGGUGAACGGCGCCCUGAUGCUGCUCAGCUUCCUGUGCUGCCGGGUUCUGCUCUUCCCCUACCUGUACUGGGCCUACGGGCGGCACGCGGGCCUGCCCCUACUCGCCGUGCCCCUGGCCAUCCCGGCCCACGUCAACCUGGGCGCUGCGCUGCUCCUCGCCCCCCAGCUCUACUGGUUCUUCCUCAUCUGCCGAGGGGCCUGCCGCCUCUUCCGGCCCCGAGGCUCCCGGCCACCCUCUCCCUGUCAGACUCAGGACUGAGGGGGACAGGGACCCUCCCCACCUGCACCCCCAUGGGGACAGGGCUCUGGAGCUGAUGGGUGGGGGUUGGGAGCAGGAGGCCCUUGGCUGUGACAGCCCCAAGACUGAUGGAUGAAUUCAGAAGAGGGAGGAGACAGCUGUCCCUGAGGCUGAGAUGUGGCCAGGUGACCAGCUGGAAGAUGGGCAGAGGGGUCCCUUCUCCAGGCGGUGCCCAGGGAAGCCCCUUCCCACUGUGACUCACUUUGUGCUGGAUUAGCAAGGAAAGGGAAGGGGCACCCACUGAGGCUGGAGGGCCUGUGGGGAGAGAAGGGAACUCAGGGGACCCAGAGUCAAAGGACAUGGGGGUGGCCCUGCUGCUAAGCCCAUCCCAGCCCCUCUGCUGCAAGUCCUCUCUGCUUCCUGUGAUCUGGGAAGGAGAGGACACCCCAACUCUCCCUAUGGGCCUCACAGGCCUGGCUGCCCCCACACCUCUUCUGUGGGGAAUCUUAUUUAUUUUAUUUAUCUGCCCAAAUUCAAACUAAUUUGUUGGGGUGGGAAGGUGGCUGCUACCUGCCCCCCGGCCUUCCCAGUGCUGAGAUUCCCGGGGCAGUGGGGGCGCCUAGCCCUUCCCCUGCGGCUGCACACCUUGCCCUCGGGCGCUGGCAUGUCCCUGGUGCUACAGACCUCUCCAGGCUUCCUCCACUCUGGGGUCAGGGACCCUGGGAGGUGCUUUACAGACUGCUAAUAAAGACGA